UUGUAUAAUUGUAUAAGUAUACUGUAACCGUUACAAAUAUCUGGCGUAGGUGUCACAGACCUGUGAACUUCACUGCCCUUAGGAAGUAGGAAAUAAGAACAAUAAAAAGUCCGUAGCGCAUAGAAGAAGAGGCUUCCUCAACAGGUGUGGUUAGAGCAAGGAAAACGAAUCAGUAUGAAAACAAACCGGGUUUGAGUCAGAACUGUCAAGAUUUCUACCAAGUUUUCGCUACAUUUUCCUCAAUGGCUGGAAAAAGUGUCUGUGUGACUUAUUUACUGUGGUUGAUAGGAGGAUGGUUUGGCUUGCAUCAGAUUUAUUUGCGGCGAGAUCGGCAUGCAUUUUUAAUCUGGUCGUCGGCAGCCGGAUAUUUAGGGUUUGGUUUACUCAGAGAUUUGUGGAGGAUUCCUGAGUAUGUGAAGGAUGCCAAUGAAGAUCCAGGAUAUAUGGAAGAACUCAUCAAAAAUAUGAAGAAAAAACGAAAACCUCCCUACAAUAUUUUUCGUCAAUUUGGGGGAGUUAUUGUUGGAAACCUUUGGGGUUGGAUUUUCCAGUUAGCUAUUCCAGAAGAAACUGUGUUUGGCAUUAAUUUAAGUUUUCUUGAAUUAUUUAUACCAGUUGCCAUUGCUUUAGGGGUGCAUACUGUGGGAAAUGUUGGAAGAAUUCAAGGGUCUUUUCUCUAUCCCUUGAUAGGGGCUUCUUCUCUAUUAUUUUUGAAAUUCUUUGAUGUUGAAGGCAUAUCAAUAGCAGCUUUCCUUUCUUCCAUGCUUUUUGAAGCAAAAGGUGCUCAGUGGAGGAGGACUCCAAACCCAAGACCCAAUUUUUGCAAGCGGAUGUCUUAUCUUGGAAUAUGUGUACUUUUGUAUUCCAGUCUGUGGGUUUCUUAUUUAUAUUUCAAUGCUGAAAUGACAGACUCUUCUGGCGAAUCAAUAAAGUUCCGCGAUGGUGUAGCAAAUUUCCUGACCUCACCGCUAUGGACGGAUUUCAAGCGCACUUUUAACACUUUAAUCACCUCGUUGUGGAAUCGAGGAUGGCAUGAAACCUGGAAGCAAUUCAUGGACGAUUUAGAUCCAUUUGGAGAACAUCAAGCAUUAAAGGUGUUGGGGCUUGAGAGUAACGCUACACAAGUGGAAAUCACGGCAAGGUGGAGAAAGCUUUCCAAAGAAUGGCACCCUGAUCGCUACGUAAACCCCGAUAAAAAACUAGAAGCCCAAGAAAAGUUCAUGGAAUUUAGCGCUGCAUACGAAACCAUUUCAAAAAUUAAAUCUCGUCGUGCUAAGAAAAACAAUUCUUUUCAAGAUUAUUAAUGAUACUUGUGUUCUAAUUUUCAUUCAGCUAAAACUAUUUUUUUUUCCCGUCAACUAGCAUUUUUUUUUUCAAUUCAGUCACAUCUGAUCAUACUUAAAUUCUAUUUUUAGCUUAAUUAUCUAUUGCAUUAGAAAAUGUUCUCCGUCCGCAACUGAGGUAAUCUGUAAUAUCUACAAAUUUUUAGAAACAUAUUGUCAAUAGAUACACGUUAAGUAAAAUUA